AGAAAAUCCUUAAAAAUGAAUUUUUCGAAGGUUAAUAAUUUAAAAAAAUGCUACGUCGAAUAAUAAGACAAAGACGUCAAUAUUUAUAUCAACGUCUUCAGCACCAAAAUGAAGCACAAUUACGUGAAAAAAGAAAGUUAUUAAAAGAGUCAUUAGAAAAAGAUAAGCUUCUUCCUUCCCAUAUACGAGAUGAUAUACAACUUAGAAAGGAUUAUAAGUUUGAUGAGGGGAUGGUUAUGGAAGAUGUAGAUGAUAUUGAUGAUGAAUAUGGAAAUUUAGGAGAACGAGAGCCAAAUGUUUUAAUUACAACGUCUCGGAAGCCAAGUACUCGUCUUUUACAAUUUACUAAGGAAAUGAAAUUAUUAAUUCCGAAUUCUAGAAGAAUGAAUAGAGGGAAUUCCGUUAUUGAAGAUAUCGUUUCAACAUGUCGGUCGAAUGACGUUACAGAUUUAAUUAUCUUACAUGAAACACGAGGAAUGCCGGAUUGUCUUAUUAUAAGCCAUUUUCCUUAUGGACCUACAGCAUCGUUUACACUUCAUAAUGUAGUUCUUAGGCAUGAUAUACCUAAUAUAGGGAAUGUUUCUGAAAGCUAUCCGAGAUUAAUUAUGUUAAAUUUGACAUCAAAACUGGGAUUACGUGUAGAAAAAAUUUUAAAGGCACUUUUUCCUCCAAAUCCAAAAGAAAAUAGUUCUCGUGUUAUAACAUUUGCAAAUCAAAGAGAUUAUAUAAGUUUAAGACAUCAUGUUUAUUUAAGAAUAGAUACAAAAAAUAUAGAACUUGUUGAAGUAGGACCUCGCUUUGAAAUGCGUUUGUAUGAAAUUAAAUUGGGUACAGUAGAAUCAUCAACUGCUGACAUAGAAUGGAGUUUAAAACCUUAUCAAAGACAUAAAUCUUUUGUUCUUUCUGAAACUUAA